CUUACGCGGUGUAAUAAAUGCAUCGCAGACGAUUCUUCGCGUUCUGUUAACAUCAGAAGCGCCGCCAUUUAGUCGAGCUCUACAUCGAGGGUCCCGCCGCCGUCACCAACGGCCAACGGCGCUCACAUGUUUCUUGGCGGCGCCAGAACUAUGGCGGAUAGUGCUAGUGAAAGUGAUAGCAGCUCAGUUGACGGGGCAAUGAUUGCCCCGUCUCCUCUGUCGCGAGAGCAGAUUCAAAAACGCGUUGAAUCUCUCCAGCAGGAAAACCGAGUGCUCAAAAUGGAGUUAGAAACGUACAGACUUCGAGUGAAGACGUUGCAGGAGGAGAACCGUGCGUUGCGGCAAGUCAGCGUCAACAUACAAGCGAAAGCCGAACAGGAGGAAGAAUUCAUCAGCAACACACUGUUGAAGAAGAUUCAAGCGCUCAAGAAAGAAAAGGAGACGCUCGCCCUUAACUACGAACAAGAGGAGGAGUGCCUUACUAAUGAUCUUUCACGAAAGCUGAACCAGCUUCGCCAAGAAAAGGUUCAGCUGGAGCAGAGCUUGGAGCAGGAACAAGAAGCACUUGUUAACAAGUUGAUGCGGAAGAUAGAACGUCUAGAGGCACAGACAUUGGCCAAGCAAGCAAAUUUGGAGCAGCUGCGCCGAGAGAAGGUGGAGCUAGAGUGCACGCUUGAGCAAGAGCAGGAGGCUCUGGUGAACCGCCUGUGGAAGCGAAUGGACAAGCUGGAAGCAGAGAAGCGGCUGCUGCAGGAACGGCUGGAGCAGCCCCCAUCAGCACCGCCAUCGCCUCGAGAGCCCGGGCGUGACACACCAGCUGCGCUGGGAGCCCACGUGGCACGACUGCGUGGGGAGCUGGCACGCCUCCGUGCCCAGCUCCAUGACACUCAGCAGGAGCACAAUGAGAAGGUGGCCCAAUUUGCUCAGGAGGAGCGCCAGAUCCGUGAAGAGAAUGUGCGCCUUCAGCGCAAGCUGCAGCUCGAGAUGGACCGCCGCGAGUCCCUAUGCCGCCACCUUUCAGAGUCUGAAUCGAGCCUGGAGAUGGACGAGGAGAGGCACUUCAAUGAAAUGUCGGCACACGCUAUGCGGCCUAGGACUGUGUCAAGCCCAAUACCUUACAAUCCAUCGCCGAACUCUUCAAGGCCUCUUAGUCCAGGUCUUCCGGUUAGUGGAGGCCCUGGUAGUGUGCUGGGCAGUCUGCCACGUGAGGCUCUAAGCCCAUCUGGGUCUCUAAAUCGCUGUCAGACCUGUGGACAGCCCCUCUUUCAUCCAACUGGGCCUACAGCACCUCCACCUGCAUUCCUGCUGCCUUCCCCAUCUCCGCCCACUGUCAACAUGCUGCCCCCACACCCUGCUAGCUUCCCCUCUUCAAACCAGGCCCGUGUGCGCACGUCAUCACAGGAGCGGUUUUCUAGAGCACCUGCCCCAGCAACACCUGUGGUGUCACCAAUUGCACCCAGCCACCUGAGCGCUGCAAACCCGGCACCACCAACUGUGCCAGCUGCAGCAUCCCCUAUGAUGGAUUGAUUGACAGCUUACCAACAAAUUGCAGUGAUGGAACCUUGGCAUGUUCCUCUUUCUACAGAAGCCACAGUCAAUUUACUGUCAUAAAUAUUGAAACAGAACCCCAAGUGAGCUGUGCAAUGCCAAGGGGUACUUUUCCAAGACACUUUACUGAACCCGGAGGAAGGGUUACAGAUUCGUCAGUCUGAGUCCUGCUACAAGUAGUUAGCAUGCCUCGAGGUUCUCUGGAUGGCAACAGUAUGCUCAUUUGCUAUCCUUGGCUGCCCAGGUUUGAGUGCAGUACCAGGCUGCAUGUGUCCUUCAGUUUUAAAGGAAAGGUGUUGUUGGCAAAAGGAUUGCCUUGUUUUACAUGUCCCCCCUUUUUAAGCUGGUUGUAAUUGUACAAGUACUUGGAAAUGCAUCUUUAAAGUUUUUAUCAUUUGCUACCCUACAGGAAAGUAGGUUGGAUGUACUGCACACCUUUACCUUGUGCUCAUGCUGUCUUGUUUUUAAGGUGUGCAUGCAGUAAUGCAGCCACCCAAAGAAGCUGCUGAAGAGGGUUGGGGUGGGGGCUUUAUUUAUUUAAUGGAAAAAUAAAAUGAGACUGCAGUGUACUGCAUGCUUCACUCAAGGUGGGUGUCAGUAAAUCAACACUUGCUUAGUGGAAAGGUUCAGCACUGCUAAAGAUAUUCUUUUUCCUCGUGUGUGCGCACUAGUUAGGCAGCUUGCCUUGCCAUUAUUCUUUGCCGUCUGACAUUGCAGCGCCUGCAGAUAUUUUUUAGUUAUGGCCAUAGGUAACGGUUUCAGCAUGUUUGUGCCAUCAAGCGAGCUUACGUUGCUGGAGGGAAGUUGGAUAUCCAAAGGUUUGCAUAGAGUAGUGAGCAAUGACUCCCCAAUGGUUCUAGUCAUUUCAGGUAGGUUUAUUUGCUAUGCAAAUUAGGUUAUCAAUGUAACAUUUGUAUGCAAGCUGCUGAGUGCUCAAAAAUGCAGUCCUUAUUGCAGUGCAAUUUGAUGAAGCAGGCAUUGAAAGAGCCCAAUGAGAAUUCUAAUGUUACCACUGUAAGGUUAGCAUAGUAGCUUUUGCAUUGGCAACAUAGCUUGGUCUAUGAAGGGGAUGUGUAUUUUUGCCAGAUUAAAUGCUGGGGUGUGCAUGUGGGCCGUGCUCUGCUUUUGGUGCGACAAUCUGUCUGUCCAACUAGAAAUGCACUUUUGGCAACAUCUUGUAAAUAGUUUGUAAGUUUCUAACUUUGUCAUUAUUUCCAUAUUUGUUCAGGUUUGUGAGUAAAGCACUAUGUAUGAAAGUGUCUUGUGUGUGAUAAUCUGCUGUUGUUCAACUAACAGUCAGUUUGGUUCUCUUGUUAGCAAAGAAAGCUUUGUGAGUGGUUGAGAAUGUAUUAGCUUGUGCACCCAGGGAUAUCUGAAUGCAGUCACCCACAAGAGGAGGGAAGCAGUCAGCUUGUUCAGCAGCCAGUACGAGAGCCUCCCGACAAGCUGUCAUACUUGUUUCAUAGUGCUGUCUGGCUGAUGUUGUGUGUUAACAGACCUGCUCUCAGCCGUCUGUCUGCCUCGUCAUUCUUGUACCGCCUGUUCUUGAAGCGUAUUUUGGCGCUGUUGACUCAUAACCUGUGGGUUCUAUAUUUUGAGGCUUCCAAUACAUAACAGCCAAGUGCUGCUGUCCUGUUUUCUUUCCUUAAUGUUGCUGUUGUGUGCCGGAACUUCAGUGUCGAAAGGCACAAAGUGAGUUUCAGUGUGCCGAAGGUCCCAAGCAGAUCUGCAGUUUGUGAAGUUUACCUUUGUGUUCUGAUUUUUGUCGCUGAAAGAUGUUGCCGUAGCUUCUGACUGUGAUAUCAGUUGAGCGUACCCAUACUUCAUGGGUUGCAAGAGCUAAGUGGGUGCUCCUAGAUAGGGGGAGGGGUAAAGCCAAACUGAUCAAUUAAUGGCACUGGUAUUGCACAUUCGAGUGUGCAUUGUGCGUGUGUGUGUCUGCACGCAAGUAUGUGCGUUUAUAGGUUGUAACAGGUGUCCGUUGUCAGUUUUCUAACAGUCUUUGCACACAGAACUUAAAGGUUUGUUUAUUGGUUUGGUUUUGGAAGCAUUUCAUUACAAUAAAAACAAAAUGUUGUGCCUUUCA